GCAGAGUUGACUGUGGCUUUCGCGAAAGGGAGUUCACACAAGUAGAGAAUCUCCCGUAGGUACACACACUCAGAGAACAUCUGCGCAGAGUUAAGGAUUAUAUUGCCUAAUGUUGGAUUGUUGCCAUUGAUGCGCUAACUAAUCAACAUUACAAGUACACAAUAAAUUAUACUCUGAAAGAACUAAGUGAUUCUCGAGGAGGGGGCUCAGUCUGUGUGAAUCUAGGAGCGGACCCGACGUUUUCCCAGAGAAGAUAACGAUGUCUGGCUCUUAUUGCAAAAGUUUAUACUCCUUCAGCGGGGACCAACAUCAGCAGGGUUUGACUUUCGAAGUGGGAGAAAUCAUAAGGAUAGUUCAUCCGUUGCCUGGCGGCUGGUGGGAAGGAGAGCUGGAUGGAGUCAGGGGAUGGUUCCCAUCAAGUUAUGUUCAAGUCUUAGAGAAAACUGCUUCUAUGACCUCACUGCCGGUUGAGGACGUCGGAGAGCCUCUCCCUCAACACUGGAAGUGCUACAUGUUACCAGAAGGGCGGCGCUACUAUGUCAACACCUCCAGCAAUGAGACAACAUGGGAGAGACCUUCCAGGGUACCUGGGACACCCAACACCCCUCUGAAACACAAGAACUCACUACCUACAGUGAAUGGGUUUCGCUCCAGUGGCAGUCCGUUGCAUCAGAAUGAACAUUCCCAUGUCAGUCUGAUCAAAAAGCCUAGUUUAGAACCACAGAGUCCAUGUCCUACAACACCCACCAGGUGGCAGAGCAAAGAGACUACCAUCACAAUUAACUGUGUAACGUUCCCCCUUCCUAUGAGUACACCUGAACAGCAGCUGUUGAAGCCAGAUGAGUGGAGCUACUGUGAUUACUUCUGGACGGAUAAGAAGGACCCUCAGGGGACAAGCUGUAUCUCAGGGUUUGAGGUCUUACUGCAGAAACAGCUGAAGGGGAAGCAAAUGCAGAAAGAGAUGGCUGAGUUUAUACGAGAAAGGAUAAAGAUUGAAGAGGAAUAUGCCAAGAACCUCGCCAAGCUGUCACAGAUUCCCCUCGCGGGACAGGAAGAAGGUACUCUUGGGGAAGCCUGGGCUCAGCUAAAGAAGAGUCUGGCUGACGAGGCCGAGGUUCACCUCAAGUUCUCCUCUAAGCUCCAGAGUGAGGUGGAGAAGCCUCUGUUGACGUUCAGAGAUAACUUUAAGAAGGACAUGAAGAGGUUCAAUCAUCACAUCUCAGAACUACGGAAACAGCUGGUUGGACGACACUCAGCCGUGGAGAAGGCCCGUAAGGCUCUAGCGGACAGACAGAAGGAUUUGGAGGUGAAGACCCAGCAGCUAGAGAUCAAACUAAGCAACAAGAUCGAGGAAGACAUCAAGAAGGCUCAGCGGAAAUCCACACAAGCAGGAGACGACCUGAUGCGCUGUGUCGACCUUUACAACCAGUCACAGUCCAAAUGGUUUGAGGAGAUGGUGACCACAAGCCUGGAGCUGGAGAGGCUGGAGGUAGAGAGGGUGGGGAUGAUACGACAGCAUCUGUGUCAGUACACCACCUUACGGCAUGAGACGGACAUGUUUAACCAGAGUACGAUGGAGCCAGUGGACCAGCUGUUACAGAGUGUGGACCCAGCUAGAGACAGAGAGCUCUGGGUCCAGGAGCAGAAGACAGGAGACAUCAGGCCUGUGGACAUUGAGAUAUAACACACCUGGUUCCCAGGGGUCACACACAUGUGGAUCCACAAGCCUGGAUCUUUACGUGGGGAUUCAAAGUCAACUUUGAGAAAUUAUGGACAUCCUGAGAAAUCUGGAUGACUCGUUCCACAGACACCUGUCUGCUCUUGAGAGAGCGAGCACCACCACCAGACAGUGUUCAUUAUGACCGAGAGGAUUCUAUAUGGUAGACAGACAGUGUUCAUUAGACCUAGAAGAUUCUAUAUGGUAGACAGACAGGGUUCAUUAGACCUAGAGGAUUCUAUAUGGUAGACAGACAGUGUUCAUUAUGACCUGGAGGAUUUUAUAUGGUAGACAGACAGUGUUCAUUAUGACCUGGAGGAUUCUAUAUGGUAGACAGACAGUGUUCAUUAUGACCUAGAGGAUUCUAUAUAGCAGACAGACAGUGUUCAUUAUGACCGAGAGGGUUCUAUAUGGUAGACAGUGUUUAUUAUGACCUAGAGGAUUCUAUAUGGUAGACAGACAGUGUUCAUUAUGACCUAGAGGAUUCUAUAUGGUAGACAGACAGUGUUCAUUAUGACCUAGAGGAUUCUAUAUGGUAGACAGACAGUGUUCAUUAUGACCGAGAGGGUUCUAUAUGGGAGACAGUGUUUAUUAUGACCUAGAGGAUUCUAUAUGGUAGACAGACAGUGUUUAUUAUGACUUAAAGGAUUCUAUAUGGUAGACAGACAGUGUUCAUUAUGACCUAGAGGAUUCCAAAUAGCAGACAGACAGUGUUCAUUAUGACCGAGAGGGUUCUAUAUGGUAGACAGACAAUGUUUAUUAUGACCUAGAGGAUUCUAUAUGGUAGACAGACAGUGUUCAUUAUGACCUAGAGGAUUCUAUAUGGUAGACAGUGUUUAUUAUGACCUAGAGGAUUCUAUAUGGUAGACAGACAGUGUUCAUUAUGACCGAGAGGAUUCUAUAUGGUAGACAGUGUUUAUUAUGACCUAGAGGAUUCUAUAUGGUAGACAGACAGUGUUCAUUAUGACCUAGAGGGUUCUAUAUGGUAGACAGUGUUUAUUAUGACCUAGAGGAUUCUAUAUGGUAGACAGACAGUGUUCAUUAUGACCUGGAGGAUUUUAUAUGGUAGACAGACAGUGUUCAUUAUGACCUAGAGGAUUCUAUAUAGCAGACAGACAGUGUUCAUUAUGACCGAGAGGAUUCUAUAUGGUAGACAGACAGUGUUCAUUAUGACCGAGAGGAUUCUAUAUGGUAGACAGACAGUGUUCAUUAUGACCGAGAGGAUUCUAUAUGGGAGACAGACAGUGUUUAUUAGACCUAGAGGAUUCUAUAUGGUAGACAGACAGUGUUCAUUAUGACCGAGAGGAUUCUAUAUGGUAGACAGUGUUUAUUAUGACCUAGAGGAUUCUAUAUGGUAGACAGACAGUGUUCAUUAUGACCGAGAGGAUUCUAUAUGGUAGACAGACAGUGUUCAUUAUGACCGAGAGGAUUCUAUAUGGUAGACAGUGUUUAUUAUGACCUAGAGGAUUCUAUAUGGUAGACAGACAGUGUUCAUUAUGACCGAGAGGAUUCUAUAUGGUAGACAGUGUUUAUUAUGACCUAGAGGAUUCUAUAUGGUAGACAGAUAGUGUUCAUUAUGACUGAGAGGGUUCUAUAUGGUAGACAGUGUUCAUUAUGACCUAGAGGGUUCUAUAUGGUAGACAGACAGUGUUCAUUAUGACCGAGAGGAUUCUAUAUGGGAGACAGACAGUGUUUAUUAGACCUAGAGGGUUCUAUAUGGUAGACAGACAGUGUUUAUUAUGACUUAGAGGAUUCUAUAUGGUAGACAGACAGUGUUCAUUAUGACCGAGAGGAUUCUAUAUGGUAGACAGUGUUUAUUAUGACCUAGAGGAUUCUAUAUGGUAGACAGACAGUGUUCAUUAUGACCGAGAGGAUUCUAUAUGGUAGACAGACAGUGUUCAUUAUGACCGAGAGGAUUCUAUAUGGUAGACAGUGUUUAUUAUGACCUAGAGGAUUCUAUAUGUUAGACAGACAGUGUUCAUUAUGACCGAGAGGAUUCUAUAUGGUAGACAGUGUUUAUUAUGACCUAGAGGAUUCUAUAUGGUAGACAGACAGUGUUCAUUAUGACUGAGAGGGUUCUAUAUGGUAGACAGUGUUCAUUAUGACCUAGAGGGUUCUAUAUGGUAGACAGACAGUGUUUAUUAUGACCUAGAGGAUUCUAUAUGGUAGACAGACAGUGUUCAUUAUGACCGAGAGGGUUCUAUAUGGUAGACAGUGUUUAUUAUGACCUAGAGGAUUCUAUAUGGUAGACAGACAGUGUUCAUUAUGACUGAGAGGGUUCUAUAUGGUAGACAGUGUUUAUUUUGACCUAUAGGAUUCUAUAUGGUAGACAGACAGUGUUCAUUAUGACCUAGAGGAUUCUAUAUGGUAGACAGACAGUGUUCAUUAUGACUGAGAGGGUUCUAUAUGGUAGACAGUGUUUAUUUUGACCUAUAGGAUUCUAUAUGGUAGACAGACAGUGUUCAUUAUGACUGAGAGGGUUCUAUAUGGUAGACAGACAGUGUUUAUUUUGACCUAGAGGAUUCUAUAUGGUAGACAGACAGUGUUCAUUAUGACUGAGAGGGUUCUAUAUGGUAGACAGUGUUUAUUUUGACCUAUAGGAUUCUAUAUGGUAGACAGACAGUGUUCAUUAUGACCUAGAGGAUUCUAUAUGGUAGACAGACAGUGUUCAUUAUGACCUAGAGGAUUCUAUAUGGUAGACAGUGUUUAUUAUGACCUAGAGGAUACUAUAUGGUAGACAGACAGUGUUCAUUAUGACCUAGAGGAUUCUAUAUGGUAGACAGACAGUGUUCAUUAUGACCGAGAGGGUUCUAUAUGGUAGACAGUGUUUAUUUUGACCUAGAGGACUAUAUAUGGUAGACAGACAGUGUUCAUUAGUUGGGGAACACUGAGGUGAGAAGAAUGUUUUACCAACAUAACAAACGGCAUGCGUGUUUUCACCUUUAGGGACUGUGUUGGCUACAAGCCCCGGUCUCUGAGGCUGCGUGUGUUUUCACCUGUAGGGACUGUGUGGGCUACAAGCCUCGGUCUCUGAGGCUGCGUGUGUUUUUACCUUUAGGGACUGUGUUGGCUACAAGCCCCGGUCUCUGAGGCUGCGUCUGUUUUCACCUGUAGGGACUGUGUGGGCUACAAGCCUCGGUCUCUGAGGCUGCGUGUGUUUUUACCUUUAGGGACUGUGUUGGCUACAAGCCUCGGUCUCUGAGGCUGUGCGUGUUUUCACCUGUAGGGGCUGUGUGGGCUACAAGCCUGGGUCUCUGAGGCUGCGCGUGUUUUCACCUGUAGGGACUGUGUGGGCUACAAGCCCCGGUCUCUGAGGCUGCGUGUGUUUUUACCUUUAGGGACUGUGUUGGCUACAAGCCUCGGUCUCUGAGGCUGCGUGUGUUUUCACCUGUAGGGACUGUGUGGGCUACAAGCCCCGGUCUCUGAGGCUGCGUGUGUUUUCACCUGUAGGGACUGUGUGGGAUACAAGCCCCGGUCUCUGAGGCUGCGUGUGUUUUCACCUGUAGGGACUGUGUGGGCUACAUGCCCCCGUCUCUGAGGCUGCGUGUGUUUUCACCUGUAGGGACUGUGUGGGCUACAAGCCCCGGUCUCUGAGGCUGCGUGUGUUUUCACCUGUAGGGACUGUGUGGGCUACAAGCCCCGGUCUCUGAGGCUGCGUGUUGUUUCACCUGUAGGGACUGUGUGGGCUACAAGCCCCGGUCUCUGAGGCUGCGUGUGUUUUUACCUGUAGGGACUGUGUGGGCUACAAGCCCCGGUCUCUGAGGCUGCGUGUGUUUUCACCUGUAGGGACUGUUUGGGCUACAAGCCCCGGUCUCUGAGGCUGCGUGUGUUUUCACCUGUAGGGACUGAGUGGGCUACAAGCCCCGGUCUCUGAGGCUGCGUGUUGUUUCACCUGUAGGGACUGUGUGGGCUACAAGCCCCGGUCUCUGAGGCUGCGUGUGUUUUUACCUGUAGGGGCUGUGUGGGCUACAAGCCCCGGUCUCUGAGGCUGCGUGUUGUUUCACCUGUAGGGACUGUGUGGGCUACAAGCCCCGGUCUCUGAGGCUGCGUGUGUUUUCACCUGUAGGGACUGUGUUUGCUACAAGCCCCGGUCUCUGAGGCUGCGUGUUGUUUCACCUGUAGGGACUGUGUGGGCUACAAGCCCCGGUCUCUGAGGCUGCGUGUGUUUCCACCUGUAGGGACUGUGUGGGCUACAAGCCUCGGUCUCUGAGGCUGCGUGUGUUUUCACCUGUAGGGACUGUGUGGGCUACAAGCCUCGGUCUCUGAGGCUGCAUGUGUUUUCACCUGUAGGGACUGUGUGGGCUACAAGCCCCGGUCUCUGAGGCUGCGUGUGUUUCCACCUGUAGGGACUGUGUGGGCUACAAGCCUCGGUCUCUGAGGCUGCGUGUGUUUUCACCUGUAGGGACUGUGUGGGCUACAAGCCUCGGUCUCUGAGGCUGCGUGUGUUUUCACCUGUAGGGACUGUGUGGGCUACAAGCCCCGGUCUCUGAGGCUGCGUGUGUUUUCACCUGUAGGGACUGUGUGGGCUACAAGCCCCGGUCUCUGAGGCUGCGUGUGUUUUCACCUGUAGGGACUGUGUGGGCUACAAGCCCCGGUCUCUGAGGCUGCGUGUGUUUUCACCUGUAGGGACUGUGUGGGCUACAAGCCCCGGUCUCUGAGGCUGUGUGUGUUUUCACCUGUAGGGACUGUGUGGGCUACAAGCCCCGGUCUCUGAGGCUGCGUGUGUUUUCACCUGUAGGGACUGUGUGGGCUACAAGCCCCGGUCUCUGAGGCUGCGUGUGUUUUCACCUGUAGGGACUGUGUGGGCUACAAGCCCCGGUCUCUGAGGCUGCGUGUGUUUUCACCUGUAGGGACUGUGUGGGCUACAAGCCCCGGUCUCUGAGGCUGCGUGUGUUUUCACCUGUAGGGACUGUGUGGGCUACAAGCCCCGGUCUCUGAGGCUGCGUGUGUUUUCACCUGUAGGGACUGUGUGGGCUACAAGCCCCGGUCUCUGAGGCUGCGUGUGUUUUCACCUGUAGGGACUGUGUGGGCUACAAGCCCCGGUCUCUGAGGCUGCGUGUGUUUUCACCUGUAGGGACUGUGUGGGCUACAAGCCCCGGUCUCUGAGGCUGCGUGUGUUUUCACCUGUAGGGACUGUGUGGGCUACAAGCCCCGGUCUCUGAGGCUGCGUGUGUUUUCACCUGUAGGGACUGUGUGGGCUACAAGCCCCGGUCUCUGAGGCUGCGUGUGUUUUCACCUGUAGGGACUGUGUGGGCUACAAGCCCCGGUCUCUGAGGCUGCGUGUGUUUUCACCUGUAGGGACUGUGUGGGCUACAAGCCCCGGUCUCUGAGGCUGCGUGUGUUUUCACCUGUAGGGACUGUGUGGGAUACAAGCCCCGGUCUCUGAGGCUGCGUGUGUUUUCACCUGUAGGGACUGUGUGGGCUACAAGCCCCGGUCUCUGAGGCUGCGUGUGUUUUUUUCCUCUUCCAGAAAAUAAUCAGGUCAUCACUAGUUACCACAGCCACAAAGUCAGAAGGCCCGCCUACUCGACCAAUCAGAUGAGGGAGUGUGAUGACGUAUGCCGACCGGCUUGCAUUUCUUUUAUAUAUUGAUUCAUCAAUAACCAACCAUUAUAAAUGCUAAGUGUUAAUGGGAUGUCUUAUUCAACCGUUAUAAAUGCUAAGUGUUAAUCGGGUGUCUUAUUCAACCGUUAUAAAUGCUAAGUGUUAAUCGGGUGUCUUAUUCAACCGUUAUAAAUGCUAAGUGUUAAUCGGGUGUCUUAUUGAACCGUUCUAAAUGCUAAGUGUUAAUCGGGUGUCUUAUUCAACCGUUCUAAAUGCUAAGUGUUAAUCGGGUGUCUUAUUGAACCGUUCUAAAUGCUAAGUGUUAAUGGGAUGUCUUAUUCAACCGUUCUAAAUGCUAAGUGUUAAUCGGGUGUCUUAUUCAACCGUUCUAAAUGCUAAGUGUUAAUGGGAUGUCUUAUUCAACCGUUCUAAAUGCUAAGUGUUAAUGGGAUGUCUUAUUCAACCGUUAUAAAUGCUAAGUGUUAAUGGGGUGUCUUAUUCAACCGUUAUAAAUGCUAAGUGUUAAUCGGGUGUCUUAUUCAACCGUUAUAAAUGCUAAGUGUUAAUGGGAGUCUUAUUCAACCGUUAUAAAUGCUAAGUGUUAAUCGGGUGUCUUAUUCAACCGUUAUAAAUGCUAAGUGUUAAUGGGGUGUCUUAUUCAACCGUUAUAAAUGCUAAGUGUUAAUGGGGUGUCUUAUUCAACCGUUAUAAAUGCUAAGUGUUAAUGGGGUGUCUUAUUGAACCGUUCUAAAUGCUAAGUGUUAAUCGGGUGUCUUAUUCAACCGUUCUAAAUGCUAAGUGUUAAUGGGAUGUCUUAUUCAAACUCAGCUUGCAAGCUAAUCAUGAUUUUUUUUCCCUUACCCAUAGUUACUUGUUUUAAAAAAGUGGUUUACUCCAAUAUCUGCAUUGUUUUUAAAAUGGCAUGUAGACAAACAAAGUGGCACAUCUUGAGUUCAGAUUUAGUUUUUUUCAAAAUCCACAAGUAAAAUGUACACAACUUCACAAAUGUUCACAGAUAUAAAAAAUAUAAAAAAAUUGGGCAGAUAAUUUGGCUGAUUUAAGAUAAAAACUUCAACACUUAUUUUAUUUGGCACCUAGGCAUAUACUAUAUGGCACUUUUAUAAACAUCAGUGCAUUCAAGACAAUUGAGACCUCUGAGAAAAAAAACUAGCACCGACAGGGGAGAAACGUUUUGAACAGUCAUCCAACUGAAUUCCAAGUCGGAAACUUUCUAGAGCUUACAGUUGUCUUGAAAGCACCAUUAGUUAUUUGGUCGUCAAACUUGAACUCAAAAUAUGCCAUUUCAAAUAUGAGGCAUUUCCCGCAAACCGAAAUACCGUCAUCACUCUCCCUCUUCUGAUUGGUCGGGUAGGUGGGCGUUCUGAGCCGGAAUACGCGUCAUCACACUCCCUCGUCUGAUUGGUUGAGUGUCUGUGGUAACUAGUGACGACCUUAUAAUCACAGAUAGAACAAUGAGACAGAUAUCUCACUGGAUUUAUAAUUGUGAAGCAUACGGUUGGCGUUUCCACUCACUGGUAGUGAGAGGAAGCCCACUGGCAGGCAGUGGGUGAAGAUGGAACAAGAUGGAUUUUGGCCAACAUUCCUGCACAUUGAUUGAUUAAACAUUUGAUUAAAUGUUUGAUCUGAAGUACAGUUUUCUGUUCCCAAAACUAUAAUAUAUUAUGAACAGAGUGGACAAAGUUUUGUAGACUUUAAUCUUUUCAAAAGUUUGAAAAAAUUGCGCUGUUUAGAAGGUGUACAAAGGCGAAUUGAGUUAUUGCACACGCGCACUUCACAGAGUAGGCGUUCCGUAACAGAAAUAUGCAGAUAUAUUCUAGAAUGCACCAAUAGGAUCUCGCCAGCUCGUGCUUGGCUCUGCCCACCUCCUUGCUUGUUCUGCCCAUUAUGACUCAUUUGUUCCCAUUGGAAACGACAAGCUGUGGUCUAUCUUGGUUUAGUCAUGAAAGUCUUUGUUAGAAUUGUCUGUAUAAACACACUCAGUAAAUUGUUGACCAACUGAAAUACUAACACAGAGGUUAAUUAGGAAAUUUAACAGCUACUGCGUUGCUGCUAUGUAAUACAACGUACAUAAAAUGCAAUCAAAUGUAUAGAUUAUAUUUUAUCUAAAUGUGAACUAUAAAGUGAGUUUACAGUGAACAUUGAUGUAAGAAGUAUCAGCUGAUGUAAGAAGGGCUUUAUGAAUACAUUUGAUUUGAUUUGGGGUUGUUUUUGACAAAUGGGAAGUUUUGAAGAAAGAGUGACUCAAAUGUAACAUCUGUUCUGAGGGCAAAAUGGGGUGCAACUCAAUGUUAGCAAGGUGUUCCUAAUGUUUUGUACACUCAGUGUGUUUAUCUAUACUGUAUAUACACACACAGUGCACAGGAGUGCGGGUACAGUUGAAAUGAAUAAUGGAAUUUUAGUAUAGCGUUGUCUUGUAUCUAUCCGGUAAGUAUUACACAUAUAGUUCUACUGUUCAAUGCAGAUGCAUACAUGUUGUAUAGAGUGUUCCAUUGCUAGCUGGUUCUAAAACCUUGAAAGUUCCAAGGAUUCUACAUGGACAUAACUCCUGAAUGUUUGUCGUUAAUGUUUUUGGCAUUAAUAUUAUAAAUAAAUAGAUCUACAUUUUAUUUUACAA